UGCCAAUUCAAUCGGUAUACGUCUUUGCUUGUAAGGUUAUGAUCUUCGCGCGUUUGGAAGAAAUAUUUAUAUUCUUAAUAUUUUUUGUCGCGGGACGUAACGAGAGCGACGUACGAGUUAUGCAACAAAGUAACGAACAAAUUGGUCGUUCGUUAAUGGAUGAUAAGUAAGAAACAUGAUAUUGUGGACGGAGAAUACCCGAGAUUGGAUAUGCACUGCAUAUAUAUAUACACAUAUACAUACAUAUAUUGAAUUACUUUGUAUAAAUGAGGACUCCACGUUUUUUUCAUCACAUAAAUGGAAGCAUUUGCAUUGCUAGCAACAAUGCUGUGCCGCAAAAAGGAAUCCACAUAGUCAAUGUCAAAUGAUAGGAAUCAGAUGGAAUCUAGACUGUUAUGUUUUACACUCUGAUAUAUACAUCUAAUGCUAAAACAAUGUCAAAUACACUGAUGCAGCAGUUUGUCCAGCGACUCAAGUCAAGAAAUGAGGAGGCACGCAACAAGGCGGCACGCGAUCUGUGUCUGUAUGUCAAGAGGGAACUGCGGGAGGCGUCACAGGAAGAGAUCACAGCUUUUAUGGAUGAAUUCAAUCAUCACAUAUUCGAAAUGGUAUCCGCCUCUGAUAUUAAUGAGAAGAAAGGUGGUAUAUUAGCCAUAGUUUGCCUUAUAGGAGCGGACGUAGGUAAUUUUAAUACACGAACGGUACGAUUUGCUAACUAUCUUAGAAAUUUGAUACCUUCCAACGACGUAGGCGUCAUGCAAUUAGCUGCGAAAACUGUCGGAAAAUUGGCGCUAGUUUCUGGUACUUAUACAGCCGAAUAUGUCGAGUUUGAGGUAAAACGUGCCUUCGAGUGGCUUGGUGCGGACAGACACGAGGGCAGGAAGCAUGCCGCGGUACUCGUACUAAGAGAACUCGCUGUCUCUGUGCCGACAUACUUUUUCCAACAAGUUACACCGUUUUUCGAGUUGAUAUUCAACGCUAUACACGAUCCUAAGCCAGCUAUACGGGAAGGUGCGGUAGAAGCUUUGAGAGCGGCUCUGGUAGUUACUGCUCAAAGGGAAACUGUCAAGCAAAUGCACAAGUCGCAAUGGUACAAACAGUGCUACGACGAAGUAAUUGAUGGAUUCGAGGAGGUUCAUUCGAAAGAAAAGGGCAUUAACAGGGAUGACAGGAUACAUGGCUCGCUAUUGGUACUCAACGAGCUGCUAAGAUGCAGCAAUGUUCAGUGGGAAAGGAACUAUGAGGCUCUAAUGGAAAGAUUAAAUGGCUCUACGCAAAAUGAAAAUGAUAUACUUUCUUUAAUGCCAUGCUUGAAGACAACGAUAGGAUCCAAAUGGGCCGGGUCUACCCAGAACGCGACUGCGUCCCAACACACAUUAUAUCCGGCGCACGAGUCGACCGUUUGCAGAUGCUUGAUGCAGGAGAGGUUGGACGAUAUUUAUAAUGACGUUAUGAAUCAAAAGAUAUCGAGGAAUCCGCAUAUUCAACAUGCCCUCAUGAUGCUAUUGCCGAGGCUCGCCGCAUUUAACAAGGACAAAUUUAUAAGGGAUCAUUUGAAAGAGUCCUUGGCAUACCUUUUACUAAUCCUACGCAGUCGCGAAAAAGAUCGCUACGCCGCUUUCACGUCGAUCGGCUUUAUAGCCGUGGCAGUGGAGGAUGCGAUAAAUCCGUACUUGCCGAAAAUCAUGGAAGUGAUCAAAAGUUUGCUACCAUCUAAAGAAACCCCGAGCAAGAAGCGUACUUCUUUGGAACCGGCAGUGUUUGUUUGCAUCACCCUGCUCAGCCACGCGGUCAAACAAGUCAUAGCUUCCGAUGUAAGGGACUUGUUGGAGCCCAUGUUUCAAACCGGAUUGAGCCCAAUAUUGACCACGGCCCUCAGAGAGCUGGCGCACACCAUCCCGUCUCUCCAGGUGGAUAUAUCUCAAGGUCUCUUGCGAAUGCUGUCGCAAGUUUUAAUGCAAAAACCCUUGAGACAUCCCGGUGCGCCAUGGACAGCAACUAGUCCUAGUUCUACCAACGAUGACGUUUCGUCGACGGUACUUGCAUUGAAAACCCUAGGUACCUUUAACUUUGACAAUAAUCCAUUGUUACAGUUCGUCAAGAGAUGCGCGGAUCACUUUUUAACGUCGGAACAAGCGGAGGUCCGAUUGGAAGCUGUCAAGACGUGCUCUAGGUUAUUGAGAUUAACACUGAAUCAGUCCGGUCCUACGGUAACCACUACUGUCUCGACUGUUCUGGGUAAAUUGCUGGUAGUAGGUAUAACCGACACAGAUCCCGACGUUCGUCUGUGGGUGUUGGCGUCAUUGGAUGAUUCCUUUGACGUUCAAUUAGCGCAAGCGGAGAAUUUGUCUGCGCUGUUUAUCGCCAUGAACGACGAGAUGUUUGAAAUAAGAGAACUAGCGGUUCGUACUGUUGGCCGACUCAGCACACUGAAUCCCGCUUACGUUAUGCCAUCGUUAAGGAAGACUUUAGUGCAAUUUCUGACGGAAUUGGAGCACUCGGGUAUGGGUCGUAACAAGGAACAAGCCGCUCGAAUGUUGGAUCACCUGGUAGUGACUGCGCCGAGACUCGUUCGACCAUACAUGGAGCCAAUUUUGAAAGUUCUUGUGCCAAAGUUAAAGGAAUCCGAUCCUAAUCCCGGCGUUGUGCUAGCCGUUCUGCGCGCGAUUGGUGAUUUGGCGGAGGUCAACGGUGCCGAGAUGCAACAGUGGAUGUCCGAGCUUUCGUCGAUAUUACUGGAAAUGUUGGUAGACGCCAGUUCGCCUGAGAAAAGAGGAGUAGCAUUGUGGGUAUUUGGUCAAUUAGUUGGUAGUACAGGUCACGUGGUAAAACCGUACAUACAAUAUCCGUCUUUGCUGGACGUUCUUAUUAAUUUCCUCAAAACCGAACAACAGCCGAUCAUCAGGAGAGAGGCCAUUAGAGUGCUCGGACAGUUGGGUGCAUUAGAUCCGUAUAAACACAAGAUGAAUCUCGGACAAAUUGACUGCCAGUUGGACACGCUCACCUCAAUGGCAGACACCAAAAAUGACGUGGAGAACACUCAGGAUUUGACAACCAGUGAAAUGCUGGUGAACAUGUCACCGUCCACAUUGGAAGAAUUUUAUCCGGCGAUUGCCAUUACGACGCUUAUGCGAAUUAUUCGCGAACCGACCUUGUCUCAGCAUCACACCAUGGUCGUGCAAGCGGUGACCUUCAUAUUUAAGAGUCUUGGGAUAAAAUGCGUACCUUAUAUCUCUCAGGUAAUGCCGAGCUUCCUGAACGUCGUGCACACGGCGGACAUGAAUUUCCGUGAGUUCCUAUUCCAACAGUUGGCUGUUCUCAUCGCCAUCGUGAAGCAACAUAUACGCAACUAUUUGGACGACAUAUUCAUCUUGAUCAAAGAAUUCUGGACCGUGAACAGCCCGUUACAGAGUACGUUGAUUCUUUUGGUCGAACAGAUCGCAAUGGCCCUAGGCGCGGAAUUCAAAAUCUACCUGCCACAGCUGAUGCCGCCGAUACUCCGAGUAUUAACGCACGAUAGCAGCAAAGAUCGCGCAGUGACGGUGAAGCUGCUUCUGGCUCUGCAGACAUUUGGGAACAAUCUGGACAAUUAUCUGCACCUCGUACUUCCGCCGAUUGUUAAACUGUUUUACGCAAAUGACUGCCCAAUAGCCGUGAAUAAGGUUGCUCUCGAAACGGUCGAUCUCCUCGCGGACACGUUGGAUUUUACAGAUUUCGCGUCGCGAAUCGUUCACACUCUGGUACGUACGUUGGAUCAGUGUCCAGAAUUAAGGAGUACGGCCAUGGACACACUUUGCGCUGUCGUAAUGCAGUUGGGCAAGAAGUAUCAGAUUUUCAUUGUGUUAGUCCAGAAAGUUAUGACAAAGCACAAGAUAGUCAAUUCACGAUACGACGUUCUAGUAGACAAGAUACUCACAGACUCGACCGCGGCAGACGGCGAAGAUUUCUUACUGAUGAGAAUGCGACACUCGCGCAAUAAGAAUCGCGAGUUUUCCUUAACGCCUUCGGAAACGAUUAAGAAACUGAACGUAUCGGCUUCGAAUUUGCAGAAGGCGUGGACAGCGACACGACGAGUAUCCAAAGACGAUUGGCUCGAAUGGCUGCGAUGUUUCUCCAUCGGUCUGCUCAAAGAAUCUCCGUCUCCGGCUCUGAGAUCUUGCUGGGCGCUGGCGCAAACCUAUGCCGUGUUACCGCGUGAUCUGUUCAACGCGGCUUUCGUCUCAUGCUGGACCGAACUCGCCGAAAACUACCGGAUGGAACUGAUACAGACUCUGCAUCAAGCAUUGAUGGUCCCCGAUCUGCCCACCGAAGUGACACAGACCAUUCUCAACUUGGCUGAAUUCAUGGAACACAUUGACAAGGGUCCCCUGCCAUUAGACAAUAAGAUUCUCGGGGAUACGGCGAUGCAUUGUCGUGCGUAUGCCAAGGCGUUACACUACAAGGAGGACGAGUUCCACAAGAGCAGGAACAGCAGCGUGUUCGAGUCCCUGAUUUCCAUCAAUAACAAACUUCAACAGAAAGAAGCGGCCGAAGGUCUGUUGGAAUAUGUGAUGAAUCACAACCAGCAAGAUCUCAAGGUCCAGAUACGUUGGUACGAGAAACUUCACAAUUGGGAUAAAGCGUUGCAGCUAUAUCAGGAACGUCUCGAGAGUGAUUCCGCAGACGUAGAGUCUACUUUGGGAGAGAUGCGUUGUCUGGAGGCUCUCGGAGAAUGGGGACAAUUGCAUGAGGUUGCUACAAAACAAUGGACGAAUCAGACCGACGAUACCAAACAAAGAAUGUCGAGAAUGGCGGCGGCUGCGGCGUGGGGUUUGAGUCAAUGGGAAAGUAUGCAGAAGUAUGUUUCGUUGAUACCAAAGGAUACCCAAGACGGAGCGUUUUACAGAGCGGUACUGGCGAUCCACGACGAACAGUACAACGUUGCGCAUCAGUUUAUCGACAGUGCCAGGGAUCUGUUAGACACUGAACUAACUGCCAUGGCUGGUGAGAGCUAUCAACGGGCGUACAACGCUAUGGUGGAAGUGCAGAAAUUGGCCGAGUUGGAAGAAGUGAUCCAGUUUAAGCUGGUGCCCGAACGUAGAGCGGCCAUCAAAGCCAUGUGGUGGGAGAGGCUUCAGGGUGGACAAAAGAUAGUUGAAGACUGGCAGAAGAUCAUACAAGUACACACGCUGGUAGUCUCGCCGCACGAUGAUUUUGAGCUGUGUCACAAAACGCUGGUGAUGCUGAUGGGCACAGAUCCGUCCCUGACUCCAGAUCAGCCGUUGCCGACUACUCAUCCCCAGGUGACCUUCGCUUAUUGCAAGCACUUGUGGGUUGCGAAUAAACGCGAGGAGGCUUACAAUCAGCUACAGCGAUUUGUGCAGACCUACUUGCAGCCGACAACAGCGGCAAUAAUCAAUCAAGAGGACGAGAAGCAGUAUGAAAGCAAAAAGAGGUUGCUCGCCAGGUGUUACCUUAAGCUCGGCGAGUGGCUCGAAUCCUUGCAGGGUAUAAACGAACAUUCUAUUCCCGCGGUAUUAUCUUAUUAUGCCGCAGCGACGGAGCAUGAUCCCACAUGGUAUAAAGCUUGGCAUGCCUUUGCCUAUACCAAUUACGAGUCCGUUUUGUUUUACAAGCAUCAGCAAGGUAGUGAUUCUGCUCAGGCAACGGAGGCUGCAUCAGGCAACGGAGCGCGCAAUAAUCUCUCCAGCUCACAACAUGUAUCUCAAUUUACUGUCCCAGCUGUGAAGGGAUUUUUCAGGUCCAUCAACUUGUCGGAUGGUAACUCCCUGCAAGACACCCUCCGCCUGCUUACACUCUGGUUCGAUUAUGGUCAGUGGCCAGAGGUGUAUGAAGCUGUGGUCGAGGGCAUAAGAUUAAUAGAGAUAAAUACUUGGCUGCAAGUGAUUCCACAACUCAUAGCCAGAAUCGACACUCCUAGAACACUGGUCGGCCGAUGCAUACAUCAUCUUCUCAUAGAUAUAGGAAAGACGCACCCUCAGGCUUUGGUUUAUCCGUUGACAGUGGCUUCAAAAAGUGCUAGCCACGCGAGAAAGACUGCAGCUAAUAAAAUUCUGAAGAGCAUGUGUGAGCACAGUCCGACAUUGGUCCAGCAGGCCAUGAUGGCGAGCGAUGAGCUUAUCAGAGUUGCGAUUUUAUGGCACGAACUGUGGCACGAGGGCUUAGAAGAGGCUAGUAGAUUAUAUUUUGGAGAGAGGAACGUUAGAGGCAUGUUUGACACUCUAGAGCCUUUACACGCCAUGCUCGAAAGAGGGCCGCAAACUCUAAAAGAGACGUCCUUCAAUCAAGCUUACGGAAGGGAUUUAAUAGAAGCACAAGAAUGGUGUAACAGAUAUAAAACAUCUCGGAACGUGAGAGAUUUGAAUCAGGCUUGGGAUUUGUAUUAUCAUGUAUUCCGGAGGAUAUCCCGACAAUUGCCACAAUUGACCAGUUUGGAAUUACAAUAUGUCAGUCCGAAAUUGCUAAUUUGCAGAGAUCUGGAGUUGGCUGUUCCGGGAAGCUAUAGUCCUGGCCAACCUAUCGUGAGAAUAGCAAGUAUUCAUAGCUCUAUGCAGGUGAUAACUAGCAAACAGAGACCAAGAAAGUUGUGCAUUAAAGGUAGUAACGGUAAGGAUUAUAUGUUUCUAUUGAAAGGUCAUGAGGAUCUGAGACAAGAUGAAAGGGUAAUGCAGUUAUUCGGUUUAGUGAACACUCUCUUGUUACAUGAUCCAGAUACCUUCCGAAGAAACCUUACUAUUCAAAGAUACGCUGUGAUUCCAUUAUCUACAAACAGUGGUCUUAUCGGUUGGGUACCGCAUUGUGAUACGCUUCAUACACUUAUUAGAGACUACAGAGAGAAGAAGAAAAUAUUAUUGAACAUCGAGCACAGGAUAAUGUUACGAAUGGCACCUGAUUAUGAUCACCUCAUACUCAUGCAAAAAGUUGAAGUGUUCGAGCACGCGCUCGAGCAUACCCACGGCGACGACCUAGCACGACUUUUGUGGUUGAAGUCACCGUCGAGCGAAGUAUGGUUUGAUCGUAGAACAAACUAUACGCGCUCUCUGGCUGUGAUGUCUAUGGUGGGAUACAUACUCGGUCUCGGUGAUCGUCAUCCAUCUAACUUAAUGCUCGACCGUCUCAGUGGUAAGAUAUUGCACAUCGACUUCGGAGAUUGCUUCGAGGUGGCGAUGACACGCGAAAAGUUCCCGGAGAAGAUACCGUUCCGUUUGACGCGAAUGUUGAUCAAUGCGAUGGAGGUGACCGGAAUCGAGGGAACGUAUAGAAGGACUUGCGAAUCCGUGAUGUCCGUGCUACAUCGAAACAAGGACAGUCUAAUGGCGGUUCUGGAGGCAUUUGUUUAUGACCCUCUCCUGAAUUGGAGACUGAUGGAUAAUACGGUGCCCAAGGGCAAACGAUCGGACGCUCAAGGCAUGAGUGCCAGCAGCAGUCAGGAACACGGUGAUAUGCUCGAUUCUCUUACCGCCACAUUACCAAAGAAGGGUGUGCCAUGUAGCAUUGAAAAUGGAGCCUUCGCUUUUGCAAUGUCCGUAGCUGAUAAUAAUCAACCGGAAGCAUUGAACAAGAAAGCCUUGACGAUCAUAACGAGAGUCAGAGACAAAUUAACAGGGCGUGACUUUUCGCAUGAAGAAACUCUCAGCGUCCGACAACAAGUCGAUCUGUUGAUCCAGCAAGCUACAAAUAACGAAAAUCUUUGCCAAUGCUAUAUUGGAUGGUGUCCGUUUUGGUAAAUGAUGAGAGACGAACUUUACUCGUCAAAGAUGAAUCCUCGUAAGUGCGCAAUCGCCUCCUUUUG